CAAUUUCGUACUACCGUGAAGAAAAAAUUAGUACUACCAAAUUCUCAAUUAUUGAAUGAGUCCCGCUAGGGGUACACCACUUGUGUACCCCAUAUGUGCACACCAUAUACUCCCCCUCACCUUUCCCCUACCACUCCCUUCUUUUUUCUCUUCCCAUCCAAUUUCUCAAUCUUAUCACUCCAUCUCUCUCCUUCGGUUUUCUUUUUUCUUUUCAAUUUUUUGUAGAUUUGAUUCAUUGGACAUCGCUAAUCCUCUACAACAACAUAACUCGACGCUGCCAUAUGUCCUCCCACCCGCCGCCGCUGCUGCUCUAUGUCUUCCCACCUGCUGUCGGUGCUACUCUGUGUCUUCCCACCCGCUGCCACCAUUGUUGUGGGUCUUUCAACCCACCGCCGUCAUAGUGCAUCAAUGACUGACCAUUAUUUGGGUGGGGAAACAUGCACCGAUGCACGGAUGCACCCGUUACUUACAGAAUUCAAAUUCAGAUCUCACUCUCUUGUCACUCUUUGCUUUUGAGUAAUGCUUUUUGGACACAUGGUUCCUUAAUUACUUUCUGGCAAGCACAUGUCGACCACACAUUGUUUGUGUGCCCAUGCACUUUGAAUAUCCUGGUUGUGCUUGUGUGUGUUGACGAUAUUGUUGUUGCAGGAAAUAAUGGGUCUUUGCGUGCUUCAUCAUUUACAUGGUUGCUUCCACUUGAAAUAUUUUUUUACAUGAUUUUUUUACACUUGCUUAGAUAAGAAAUAGAGUUUUUACACUUAUGAGAGACAGAUCGUAUUUCUUAUUUAGGGAUCGAUUGUGCACGAUCCAAAGAUGGUAUGGUGUUGAACAAGAGAAAAUAUACUUUGCAUUUUAUUCAGGAAGUGUGUUUGUCUAGUUGCAAACUGGUUGACACUCAUUUUCAACCUGGACAU